ACUGCAUGCUUCUCCAUGACCUACCCUAUUCACGAGAACGAGAUAGUUCCUAACUACCGCAAUUGCCCCUUCCGUGAUCUUCCGGAUUUUGCCCGCAUUUCCCUAUAGCCGAGAAGUUAAAAGAACGAAAGGCUACUCGAUUUUAGGGCUGGGCGAGUUUCUUCAUGAUACCCCUGAUGUCUGACCCGGAAAAACUCGACCCGGGGAAAGGGGUGGGAGAGAAAAUAGAGAGUAAGGAUUCCGAUCUCACCAUCGGUAUUCUUGAGGAUAAGCCUGGUACACAAAAUGGGGGCUCCGAUGCGGUGGCGGCAUCAGGGCAGGAGCAUGAAACUCACAUUUCUUUUCAUGAAGUUCAUGCAAUUGAUGUGGCCGUCCGGAACUUGACCAUUGCUGUUAGCCAGCACAAAGCCAUGGGCUGGCUGGGAGGGCUGUUGCCCAAAAAGGAUGCUAACGAUGAGGAGGCUGGAAGCAUAGAGGAAACCAAGAUCCUCGAUAAUGUAUCCGCAGACAUGCCUGCUGGAGAACUAGUUGCCAUUAUCGGAGGCAGUGGGGGUGGUAAGGUACUGUGUGAUCAAUCUUGAUUUGAACUUGGUCAUGGCUUUACUUUACUAACUGGUCUUCUGUUUAGACCUCCAUGCUAAACCUUAUGUCGGGUCGGAUGACUGGCAGCAAUUUACGCAUUGCGGGCGCAACCACAUUCAGCAGUUCAAAUCCCCAAUGUGCCUACGUUAUGCAGCAGGACGUUUUGCUCCCGACUCUGACCGUGCGCGAGACACUUGUAUAUUCCGCCGAACUUCGUCUGCCAGAAAAAUUCACUCAAGAGGAGCGCACUAAAAUCGUGGAGGAGGUGAUUCUGGAGUUAGGGUUAAAAGAGUGUGCAGAUACUAGAAUCGGGGAUAAUGAACAUAAAGGGUGUUCGGGAGGGGAAAAACGACGGGUUUCCAUUGGUGUACAACUACUUUCCAAUCCCAGCGUGUUGUUUCUUGAUGAACCCACUACCGGUCUGGAUGCAACAAGCGCCUACCAGGUAGUUCGUACGCUGAAGAAUCUGGCAAGAGGGGGGAGGACCGUCAUCACUACCAUACACCAACCUCGCUCGGAAAUAUGGGGCUUGUUUGAUAGAAUUACGUUGCUGACGAAGGGAAAGCCGGUGUAUAGUGGAAAGAGGGAUCACGCGCUUUCUUAUUUCACUUCCCUUGGUUACCCCUUUCCCGAGCACGUUAAUCCCGCCGAUUUCCUCAUCGAUUUGUCCGCCAUAGACUAUAGAACUCCGGAGGGAGAAGAAGCUAGCAUCGUCCGAGUUAGGGGCCUUGUCGAUAGCUGGCGGGAGAGGGAAACCGGUGUAUUAAGCCGUGAAAUUACCGCUACUGUGGGGAAGUCACAGAAGGAUAGGGGGGGCGGGUUAGCUGGUAACACAGCUACGUCUGUCGUGAUAACCACACCUUCCCUCUCCAGGCAGAUAUCGGUUCUCACUCGGCGUUCUCUCAAGACUACCUACCGUGAUCCGUUGGGCAUCGCGGGAACACUCGGGGAAGCAAUCAGCAUGGCCAUUGUGGCUGGGUGGAUAUUUUAUCAACUUGAUCACUCGCUCUCCGGUAUUAGGUCUCGCCAGGGCGCUCUCUAUAUUGCCUCAUCACUUCAGACCUACCUUAUUCUUCUCUUCGAAACGUAUCGGCUUUCCGAAAUCGAUAUCAAGCUUUUUGAUCGUGAACGGGGUGAGGGGGCCGUAGGCGUGCUCGGUUUCCUCACGAGCCGCCGAAUCUCUAGGCUUCCGGAAGAUAUCUCGGUGCCAUUUUUCUUCUCGGUGAUCUUCUAUUUCAUGUGUGGGUUUGAUACUGAUGCCGGACAGUUCUUCAUAUUCUUUGCGGUCACACUGAUCGCACAUUAUCUGGCUGUUACGGUCGCUACCACUUGUGUUGGGAUGACCAGGGACUUUUCGCAGGCAGUGCUCAUUGCCAAUCUUUGGUUCACCGUGCAGGGCAUGGCAUGUGGCUACUUUGUUCAGGCUGCCACUAUGCCUGUGUACGUUAGGUGGACGAAGUACAUUGCUUACACCUGGUAUUCGUUUGGCGCACUUACCUCAAACGAAUUCACUGACAAGUUCUUCGCUUGUCCUCUCCUGGACGCAUCCGCUCAGAAUCCCGGGUGUUUGGAGUAUGUCGGAAAUUUUGUCCUCAAAUCCCUGGAUUUCCCAAGAGACUGGGUAAAGGUACCGGUGGUGAUAAAUGUAUGCUGGGCGCUCCUCUACUAUCUCGCUGCGGGAUUGCUUCUCAAGUUCAAGCCGGUGGACAUCACGGUUUCCAGUGCAAGACCGCGAGAGGGGAAGGACACGAGUGCGGGGAAGGAGAAGCUGGCGGUUGCCGGGGACGGGUCGAGAGAUACUCGGGAUAUAGAGGUUGUUCUUGAUAACGUUCGACUGAAAGUUGAGAAGCCGGAUAUCAAGAUCAUUGGGAAAAAGGGCUUGGAUUUCCAGAUAUUAAAGGGUGUUAGCACUCGCUUUGAGCCUGGAAAAUUGAACGUCAUAAUGGGUCCCUCUGGGAGCGGCAAGGUAUUGUAAUUGUUUACUGCGAAAGUUCCAGAUUGCUAAUGAUUUCUAGAGUUCAUUGCUUAAUCUCAUGGCACGCCGGCUUCAUAGCACUGUUUCAACUCGUUACAAGUGCUCUGGGAAAAUGCUUUUCAAUGGUGCCUUGCCUUCGGACACGGUGAUCAGGUCACUUUGCUCCUAUGUCACUCAAGAUGACGAUGCGUUAUUCCCCUCUUUGACGGUGCGGGAGACACUUCAUUAUGCAGCCCAGCUUCGACUCCCAAGCUCGAUGAGCAAAUCUGAAAAGAAACGACGUGCAGAUGAUGUGAUUUCGAAGAUGGGAUUGAGGGAUUGUGCGGAUAACCCCAUUGGGAGCGAGUUUCUGAAGGGAAUAUCUGGCGGUGAGAAGAGAAGAGUCACAAUUGCUGUGCAGAUCUUGAUGGAGCCUAAGAUUCUGUUGCUGGAUGAGCCGACUUCGGGUCUGGACGCCUUUACAGCCGCAUCGAUAUUGGGCGUGCUAAAAGGGCUGGCAGAGGAAGGGCGAACCAUCAUCUUGACAAUCCACCAGAGUCGUUCGGAUCUGUUCAAGGAGUUCGGCAACGUGAUGUUGCUUGCCCGUGGUGGGCAUGUUGUAUAUUCUGGCCGUGCUAAUCGAAUGCUUCCAUACUUUUCAUCGCUAUCUCACGAGUGCCCCUCCACAACGAACCCUGCCGAUUUUGCGUUGGAUCUUGUCACCGUUGAUCUUCAACAGUCUGAUCGCGAAGCGGCCACCCGAGUGGUUGUUGAAGGGCUGAUUGAAAGGUUCGACCACAAGGAGGCCCUGCAUUCCAAGGAACCAGAGAGAGAGAUUGCGUUGCCAGCUGAGCUGGGCAGCAUGAAGAGAGGAAGGGCGUCAUUCAUUGUUGCUUACCCCAUAUUGGUGAGCAGGGGUCUGCUCAAUCUUAGAAGGCAGCCGAUGCUGGUGAUUGAUAGAAUCAUGCAGGUCGUUGGGAUGGCUGUCGUUAUUACGUUAUAUUUUGCUCCCUUAAAGAACGAUUACUUUAGUGUCCAGAAUAGACUUGGUUUAAUACAACAGAUAAUGCCUUUAUACUUUAUUGGUAAGAUAUCUCACCAUUAUCAGUUUCACAUAUCCCGGUUAAUAUCAUAAUAGGAAUGUUACAAAAUGUCGUCCUCUACCCCCUUGAGCGAGAUGUCUUCUACAGGGAACACGAUGACAGAAGUUAUGGCGUGACACCCUUCUUCCUAGCCUACCUGACGAACGAACUCCCCUUCGCAAUUCUAACAGCACAUCUCUUCUCCCUCCUCUGUGUAUUCGCCGUCGGCCUCCCACGCACCAUCACGAUGUUCUAUGUAAUGACCUACAACACCUUCUGCAUCGUCUCCUGUGGUGAGUCACUGGGGAUCUUCUUCAACACGCUCUUCCGCCACACGGGUUUCAGCGUCAAUGUGACAAGCACAGUCCUGUGCAUAGCAGUCUUCAUGAGCGGGAUAAUGAGCAUCGACGUCCCAGCACCGCUGGAAGCCUUCAACAAUCUCAGCCCACUAAAGUACUCUACUCGCAGCCUGACACCGUACUCGCUCGAUGGCGUCACCUUCACAUGUACGCCAUCACAGCGCCUGCCUAGUGGCAAUUGCCCGAUCGAGACGGGCAAGCAGGCAUUGCAGCUGUAUGGCCUUGACGUGGAUCCAAAAUGGAACCUCGUCGCAUUGGCGGUGGUCAUGGUGGUGUACAGAGCUGUGGCAUUUGUGAUGCUGAAGCUGCAGAGGAUGCAAUUGGGCAUUGGGGAAUUGAAGGACAUGUGAUGCCCUCGGCGUGUUUAGCUACGAGAGGCAUGGAAAGUUAUGUAACGGUGUCAUUAUAUUCUGAGAUUUGCUGAUUGCCUUUGUGUCGUGGGCACGUAUGUGCGGUACCGUAAUUUAUCCCAGUUCGCUUAUUCCGCAACGGAAGCAGUGGGUGUGGUUUUCACGGCGGGAUUUUUUUUUUCCCGUCAUACUUUGUAUCCAUUUACCUUUUUGCGGGUGGUUUUUUUCGUACUCUGCGGCAGCAACGGUUUGGUUCAGUUGCGUAAACCAAAUCUAGAGUCGAACUUGACCCCGCAUAUAUACGCCAUCAUACCCGAUCCGCCUACUGCAUGAUAGAUAUUUUGGGAUUUGACCCGCCAGCCAACCUAUGCUUCUCUUUCGCCAGCAGUGGAUAUGAUAGAGAUAAAAAAGGUGGCGUCGUGGAGUUGAAUAUAGUUUUGAUGAU